UCCAAGCUCACACAACUCCCAACCGCACUCCCUUCUCUUGACCGGCCCACCGAGCUAGGCAUCAAUCUCUCUCGUCAAUUCCACGACCACUCAGGGCAUCAAGUCUCACAUUCAAUCCACCACCACACACCGACACACGUCAAUCACUCGCCCAACAUGUCUGUCGACGCUGUCACCGCCCAGAUGGCUAACACCUCCCUCGAGACCUCGAACACCGAAGGCGCCGCCGCCGACAAGCCCAUCAACGCUUCCCAGAACGAGGCUGUCAUUGCGAGCGCCGCUGAGGGCAGGAGACUUUACAUUGGAAACCUCGCCUACGCGACCACCGAGGGAGAAUUGAAGGAAUUCUUCAAGGACUACCUUGUCGAGACCACCUCCAUCCCGACCAACCCACGCACCACUCGCCCCGUCGGUUACGCCUUCGUUGACGUAUCCACCCCUACCGAGGCCGAGCGCGCCAUCGAGAACCUCAACGGAAAGACCAUUCUCGACCGCAAGGUGUCUGUUCAACUCGCUCGCAAACCCGAGCCUGCCGCUGCUGCCAACACUGAGGGCGGCGAGAACGCUGAUGGCACCCGCCGUCGCAACUCCACCCGUGGCCGCGGACGCGGUCGUGGCCGUGCUGGACGUGCUGGCCGUGGCGGACGCAAGAGCGGUGAGGAGGGCGAGGCUGCCACCAACGGUGAUGCUGCUGCUGCCAACCCACUGACUGCCACCACCAACGAGGCCGCCGUCGCGACUGGUGAGACUGGUGAUGACAAGUCCCGCCCUGCCCGCAAGCAGCGUGGCCCACCAGAGGACGGUGUUCCCAGCAAGACGAAGAUCAUGGUCGCCAAUCUGCCAUACGAUCUCCGUGAGGAGCGCCUCCUCGAGAUCUUCGCCGACUACUCGCCCACCUCCGCCAAGAUCGCCCUUCGUCCCAUCCCCAAGUUCAUGGUCCGCAAGCUUCAAGCCCGCAACGAGCCACGCAAGGGCCGCGGUUUCGGCUUCGUGACGCUCUCUAGCGAGGAGCUCCAACAGAAGGCGUGCGCCGACAUGAACGGCAAGGAGAUUGAGGGUCGCGAGAUUGCCGUCAAGGUCGCCAUCGACAGCCCAGGAAAGGAGGACGAGGACCCGACCGCUGCUGCUGCUGAGGGUGGUGAGGCUGCUGCCGCGCCCGCUGCAGCCGAGGCUCCAGCUACCACUGCUUAGAUGUCGUCGUGCCGAAACGAUGUCGUUCAGCAUUCUUGUCGCAAGACUGGGCCGUGCCACAUGGCUUCGAUUCGACAAGACGAACACACGACAAGCUCCGUUGCCCAGGACUUGCUCUGCAUCUUCUUUUGUACUCCAACAUACCUUUCAGCAAAGUUUGCUAGAUCAAUUGUCUACGAAGCACGAUUGCACCUGCAGAUCAUGGCGAGAGAUGAGGACAGGCGAGGAGAGAAAGGACAAAGGACUGGCAUCACGCAACAUUGACACAUUUGACAAGUAUCGGAUUUAGACACCGAGAUUCAACCACCAAAAGUAUUCAAUAAUACUAUUAUCCUUCCACC